AUGGCCCUGGCCAACCUCACCUCACCCCCCAAGUUCCUCCUCCUGGGCCUGAUGGACAGCCCUGACACACACCCCCUGCUGUUCCUGCUCUUCCUCGGCAUCUAUCUGCUCAACGCCCUGGGCAACUUGAGCAUGGUGGUGGUGGUGAGGUCUGACAGGGCUCAAUCCCCCAUGUAUUACUUCUUGGGUCACCUGAGCCUUGUGGACGUCUGUUUUACCACGGUCACUGUCCCCAGACUGCUGGCCAGCCUGCUUCACCCAGGCCAGGUAGUGUCCUUCCUGGGGUGCUUUGCCCAGCUGUAUUUCUUCGUGGCCCUGGGCAUCACCGAGAGCUACCUCCUGGCAGCCAUGUCCCACGACCGCGAGGUGGCCGUCUGCCGGCCCCUGCACUAUGCCGCGAUCAUGACGCCCUGGCGCUGCACAGUGCUGGUCGCUGCGUCCUGGGCCCUGUCCCACCUGCACUCGCUGCUCCACACGCUGCUCAUCUCUGCGCUCUCCUACCCGCGCUCCUCUCUUGUGCGCCACUUUUUUUGUGACAUGCCGGUGAUGCUGAGCUUGGCUACUUCAGACACUUCAGCUGCAGAGGCUGCCAUCUUCUCCGAGGGCCUGGCCGUGGUGCUGACCCCGCUGCUCCUCGUGUCUCUCUCCUACGGGCGCAUCUUCCUCGCAGUGCUAAGGAUGAGGUCUGCAGGCAGCCGUCGCCGCGCCUUCUCCACCUGCGGGGCCCACCUGGUAGUAGUGUCGCUUUUCUUCGGUUCUGUCCUCUCCGUCUAUUUCCGGCCGUCAUCCGCCUACUCAGCCCACUACAGCCGCCUGGCCAGCAUUGUGUAUGCGGUGGUCACACCGACCUUGAACCCUUUCAUCUACAGCCUUCGCAACAAAGAAGUCAAGGGUGCUCUAAAAAGGGGGCUCAGCUGGAGGGCUGCAUCCCAAGAAGUGUAG